UAGUUUGCCACUCCUUUUCCAGCUCAGUCUCGUUCGUUUUCUUUUUGUAACUGGGAAUUCUCUAAUCCCAAGUUGUAAUUCGUUUCGACGAAACACAUUACCGUGUAUUGCCAUCACCGAGAUUCCAACAGGGACGCGCACGCGUAUCCACGCGAUACUUGGUAUCAGAGGGAUGCGAACAAAAGGAAAGGAAUAAGUGUACGUGUGUGUAUGUAGGCUGAAGAGGGGGAUGGCGAGAAGAAGAGGAAAGGAUGAGAGCGAGGCAGUGGGUCCGAGGGUAGUACGCGAAUAACACAUAAACGGGGUGAACGGCGCUCGCAGCCGAGUGGCGAACGAUAAAGGGUAUAUCGGUCGAUGGAAGAACGAACGUAAGAUCGAGGAUGAGUAGCAGGGGUUGCGAAGGCGAUAUUAACUCGAGGGUGGUUGAGUAAGCAGGCCUGCUGGCUAACGAAGAAGCGGAGGAGGAGUCCGCUACCGCCGCCGCCUACGCCUACGCGGCGCGCGAACACGUCGAGAACGCAACGCACCCGUAACCCACAGCUUUUAUGUAAAUCGAUAAUUCGAGUAGGACGCGCGGCGACAGUGUGCUACGACGUUCUAGUACAAAUAACAUAGAUCGAGUGUUAUCGUCGAGAAGAGUGACAGAGAAAGAACGGCGACUCGUCGUCGCCCGGUCGCGUUCCGUCGCGUUAGAAAGGGGGUUGUUUGCACGCACGCGUUCGGCUGGUGUAAACGCGACACCGAGUGCUCGGUCCUACCGACUAAUCGUUUGCCUUUUCUCGUGUCCGCGUCUAGAGGACCGGUGUCUUACGACCGGUACCGUCGUACGAUCCGCUGACGAACGAUGUGCAACGUAUCGGAGAAAGGGUUGUUUCAGUCGAGAACGAUGAGGAACCAAUUGCGUAAUUCGCGACGCAAACGAUGGCCACUGCGUAUAGGAUUGUUCCUCGUCUACGUACUGGUCCAGUACGUAACAUCGGAGAAUGUGACCGAGGAAGCGGUCUCCUAUCCGGAUACCACGGAGCAGGAGGUCAACUCGACGGUAGAAUCUACCUCGGAGUUGCCAAUGAUCGCGGAGGAAACGAAUAUCGAGCCACCGAAGGCGGAGAAACCGUCGAAAUCAGAAGAAAAGCCGUCGCGAGGAAAAUCGGGGAAGGUGCAGGGACAAUCGCAAGAGGAAAUACGGGGGAAAGAUGCGGGAUUGCAUUCACUGAAGAACGUUCCAAGAACAACAACGGUGCCGACGACGACCACGAUGAAAUACGAACGCGCCACUUGGAGACCUCGACGGGAAAAUUGUUCGCCACCGGCCAUCGAGCAGUUUCCGCGACCUUUAAUGGGCCCAAACGCUAGAAAACACGGUGGACUGAUCAUCCAUAUCCUAGUCGCAGUUUACACGUUUCUUGGCCUGGCCAUCGUCUGCGACGAUUACUUCGUCUCCAGUUUGGACAGAAUCUGCGAAGAACUACGACUGUCUCCGGAUGUCGCCGGUGCAACCUUCAUGGCCGCCGGUUCUUCGGCCCCGGAAUUGGCGACCGUCGUGAUCGGCGUCUUCUUCGCCAAGGACGAUAUCGGGGUGAGCGGAGUGAUCGGUAGCGCGGUGUUCAACAUAAUGUUCGUCAUCUCCAUCUGCGGGCUGUGCACCACCACGGCGUCCAAAUUGAACUGGUGGCCUCUCUGUCGAGAUUGUUUCUUCUACGCCGUUUCGAUACUCGUGAUGCUCGGUACAAUUUACAACGAAUCGAUAUCUUGGACGGAGUCUCUUUUCAUGUUGAUCAUGUACGGCGUCUACUGCGUCGCGCUUUCUUUCAACGCGAGACUGGAACGCUGGGCAAAAUCUUACGAUAUACCCUUCUUGCCAAAGGACGACGAACCUGCGGAAGAGAGCGCCCUGGUUAGCUAUAAAUCGUUACAGGAGGAUCGAUUAUCUUAUACGGGUCCGAGUUCGCCGGUCACGGAUCAGUUCGAUAAAAUGCAGGAAGGAGAAAUAGGAGGAACGGCAGGAGCAGCCGGACCACCGGGUGGUCCCGAAACGAACGAACCUCCGACCCGGAAACAGCCGGAGUAUUACAAAGCGAAAGAGCCGGAUCCUAACGAAGUAUCCCCGUUGGAAAGGCCGACCGACGGAAGCCAAUGGUCUCUGUUCACCUGGGGUUUGGUUUAUCCGAUUCAUUUCUUGUGUCGAGCCACCAUGCCCGAUUGCCGACAAGAGAAGUUUCGAAACUGGUAUCCCUUCACGUUCUGCGUGUCCAUGGUUUGGAUCAGUUUCUAUAGUUACAUCAUGGUGUGGAUGAUCACGAUCAUCGGCAGUACUCUAGGUAUACCGGACACGGUGAUGGGUUUGACGUUCGUCGCGGCCGGUGUCAGCGUGCCGGACGCGCUCUCCUCGUUGGCGGUGAUCAAGGAGGGCCUGGGUGACAUGGCGGUGAGCAACGCGGUCGGAAGUAACGUGUUCGAUAUACUGGUCUGUCUGGGACUUCCUUGGUUCAUCCAGACGGCUAUGAUUCAGCCGGGUUCGCACGUGAACGUCACCAGUCGAGGUUUGACGUAUUCCACGUUGUCUUUGUUGUCGACGGUGGUAUUCUUGGUACUGGCAACCCACUUGAACGGCUGGAAGUUGGACCGACGAUACGGAGUGGUAUUGAUGCUUUGGUACUUGGUGUUUAUCGUGUUCGCCUCGCUUUACGAGUUAAACGUUUUCGGCGAGAUGAAUCCUCCCGUAUGCAAAAGCGCCUUUUAAACGGACGCGACUCGACGUUACGUGUUCAUCGGUACGCGUUGUAUUCGUUCGAUAAAACGCGAUGCUUUUCUUCCACCCUUUCUCCCCGUCCCUAUUCUAUCUCGACCUAGCCUACUUCUUACUCUCGUCCUAGCCUACUUCAUCCCUUUUCCUCGUUUCUUUAUCUUGGAAAAUUCUACCGUUGCUUUGAAUUGGAAUCGAGAAAUACAGAAAAGCUAAAGCGAGGAGAAAAAGCGGUCGAUUCGUACCGUUUUGCCUUGGAAUUGAAGCGCCUGGCCGGAUAAUAAACUGGCGCGACGCGACGUGGUUUUGUCGUUCACGCGGGAAUAAACCGGGUUGGGGGAAGGUUGAUAAGACACUAUUAAUUUCGUCGGUGCUCGUCGCGUCGUAAUGAUAAACUGUCGCUUCCAGCGGUAUCGAUGUUAUCGAACGUCUUCUUCCAAAAUUAAAAAAUAGAAAAAAAAAGAAAACGAGAAGGUGUAAAUCGUUGAAUAUGCGCGCCGUAUGCGUGCGUGAAUUUGGAAUCGCUUAAACGGACAAUACAUUAAUCAGUAUUAAGAGGAACGAUCGAAGGUGUAAAGGGUUCGUUUGGCGAUGUAGCGUGGACGCAGAGAGAGAUCGCAACGUCGAUCGCGCGAUUCGAUCUGGUCGGAUAUAAUAAAAAAAUAAACGCGAUCGAUACGACUCUCGUUGACCAACGCGAUUAAUCUAGCUCGUAGCCGUAGCCGUAAACGUUACGGGUAGCUGUGUUCGCCUAAAUCUAGUUUAAAUAAUAUAUUAUACACGUGUAUAGAAACUUUCUUCUUCCUUUCAUCGUUUUAUACUUUUUUAUACUUUCUGCUCGUUCGACUCUUCCCCGUUGUUCCCUACCGUAUCGGGCAGUUUACGAAUAAAACAAAUACUCACCAAUUAUCUCCUUUAGAGUUUCGUCGAAAGUCUUUCUCGCUAAAAUGAAUCGCACGAUUAGGGAAUUAUCGCGGUAAAACUUUUUCAACGCGAUUCUCCUCGCAUUGUAUCGUAAGAUAAGCCACGCGUCCUGGCUCGUUUGUAGCAUUAGCGAUCAUCGCUCUCUGUAUUCGAGCCGUACACGUAUUUUAUCUGAUUAGACGCGCGUAGUCAGCAACGAAUAGGUAGAUACGUUUAGGAAUAGGGUCGGUUACGCGGGUAGCUGGCUAUGAAUACGACGGACGCACAAUGUUUUCCGCGAUCAACGACAACGAACCGGUCUCUUCGAUUUUCUUUAAAUUUAUGCAUAGACUCGUUUGUCCGUCCGCGUGUUCGUUCGUUCGUUCGUUCGCUUUCGUCCUUCCAUUCGUUCGUUCGCUUUCGUCCUUCCAUUCGUUUCCACCUUUCUUCCAACGAGCUCCAGAAUAUUUUCCAAGUAUUCUAUUCUAGAAAAUUAUUUUACCAUCGAGGAUCGUUCCGAUAGCGAGAAAAUAGCUUGGAGGAACGAAAGGCCUGAAUUCUCGCUAAUUCGAAAAAUAAGUCUGCAAUUCCGUAAAGAAGCGCCUUAUCGAUCGCCAUCGAAAGAUAAUUAAUACUAUAAACGACCCGAACGCUUUCGUACUUCCAUCCGGUUCGAUUGAAAUUUAUUUUUCUACGGUAUCGAGCUCGUCUUUCGAAAAACAUCGUAAAUUAUAGAGUAAUUUAUUCGUUUCUUCUUCGUCUUCCUCGUCGUUCCCUCUUCUUGAUUUUAUUUCGCCCGUCGUCUCUGUUCGAGCAACGGAUGGCUAAAAUUGUAAACGAAGUAACGAUUGCCGGCCGGUUGAGUAAAGCAUCGAACGGACAAUCGUGAAAAUAAGAAAAUAUAAUUUCCCGCGAUCCCGAUGCGGUGGUUGAACGGACCAACGAGCAAGGAUCGAGAAGAAGAUAGGCGCAAUAGUGUCGAAGGAUCGGUUCGUGGGGAAGUCGAGAAAAGGAUGAAGCUUGAAAGGAAUGCGCGAAUUAAAUCUUCAACGAGCACGAACGAUAAACAAAAGAGACAAUAAUUAACGCAGCCUUAUCCGAUGAAAGUAUCUACAAGGUGUUACGCUGCGCGAUCCUCGAGAUCGAUAAGCGAGGGGUAGUUUCGUUUCGAAAAUUCCGCGAUCCGUCGCCUCGCGUCGAUCGCGAUCCAUGCUGCUUCGUAUACAGUAGACUCUAGUUAUAUUGCCAUGCGAGCAAUUUGUUCUUCACGCAAUUUUUCAAGCACACUAGUAGUCUACGAAAACGAUACACUUUUAUCUCUCCUCCUUUUCCAAACGAAAGCUUGGAAGCAUCACGAAUCUUCACCCCCUACAGCUGCGUCUGCGGCGAUAUAACCAGAGUCCACUGUACUCUAGUCGAUUUUCGCGACAAUCGAGGCGGCAAAGAAACGAAAAAGGAUUGUGCAGACGUUUUAGCGUAAACUUUACGCAUCAAUGUAUAUGUACGCGCACGCGUCUCCUGUCGAUGCAGUUAGAUAUGCAGCAAAGGUGCGGCACGUGUGCGCACACACAUACCCGUGCAUACACGUUACGUAUACAUAAAAAUAGUGUAAGAUAAGAAGCUUAAAUUUUUAUGAUUGUCGAACGUGUUUGUUCACUACGUUAUAUCGUUAGCGCUUCAGGCGAAUUGAUACGUACUUGGUAGCGUAACGAGGUGCUCGAAUCGAUCGAUCGACCGAAUCGAUUCCAAUUACACGCGUGUACAUACGUGAAAUGGAAAAAGAAAGGGAAGGGUGGAGGAUAAGCCGCGAUUGAACGAAAACGUUAUUGUAAAUUAGGCGAUCGGUCGAUGGACGAACGAAACGACGCGUUUCUUGUCCGAGCAAUUAGUACGUUCGAAAAUUGGUGAUUAUAUAUCGACGAAAAGGCUGCCGUUGUCGCGAUCAAUUAGUAGUAUAUAUAUCUAUAUACGUAUAUUAUCUUAGGUAGAUUAUCUUUAGACUGUGAGAAUACUCUUUAGCGCAACUGCGAUCAAUUGUUGGGUGCCCUUAAUACGCGUAGCUCGUACGAAUCAAAGUCAAUACCAUAUGUUGUAUCGAAAUCCACGUACCCGUCCUUCGGACCUAUUUAUCGUCCGCCAAUUUUCGAACGAGCGAUCAACGAAAAGGGAAGAGAACAUCUUGAUAAAGAGACGAUAACGCGUCGUUUAGUCGAAAUCGGCCCGAUUCACUCGGAUCGUUCACUUGAUGACCGUAGAUUUUAUAUCGUCGCAUGUACACGCGUAUACACCUACGCAUGUAUUCAUCUAUGUAUACACGUUAUGUAUAAGUAUACGUGUCGUGCGUUUAGUUGGCCUCUGCAUCGUUCAUCCCGUGGGAAUACAUGUUCGACAACAGGUGGGCAAAAUUUUAAGGGGUGAUUCUAGGGAUGAAAAUAAAACGAAAAUCAAGAAUAACGAA